AUCUAGCGACACCGCCGGAACCAUCCUCUUACCGGAACCUUGGUGUCUGAGUUGUUGCUGGCCAGGAAAUAUUAAGAAAGAGGACCGGGCUAAGCUAUGUAAACAUAGUUCCUCGGUUGUUCGGCCUUUGGAAGCUAACGAAACCAACUGAUAUAAAUAACUGCUAGUGACCUCAAUAGUGUCACUACCACAGCAUGUCGUCUCGCAAACAGAAGCGGGUGUGGAGGUACGUGGAGGAGGGCAGUUUGUUGAAACUGAAGUCGUAUCUGCGGAAACACCGGGAUCUGCAUGUGAACUUCUCCCAGGGAAAGCGGGGGGCCCCGCUGCAUGGGGCCUGCAGCCUGCGAGACGAUGCUAUGCUGCGGCUGCUGCUGAAACACAGAGCCAGUGUUCUCCAGAAGGACCGUAAAGGCGACACAGCGCUACACAUAGCAGCCAACAAGGUUCUUAAACACGGGAAAACAGCCUAUGACGACCUGGUUGUGCCCCUCAUAAAGCGCUGUCCGGAGGCUAUGAACGCCCCCAACAUUUGUGGAGUCACUCCUGAAGACCUGCUGAGCAACAUAAGACAUAACGUUAGAGAGACUGAAGAAGACAUGAGCCCUCCACCUGAAACUGACCCUGAGAGGGAAUGGCAGAAGAAGCUAUUGGGUGAAUGGAUGGAUUCAUUCUGUACAACUUUUGAAGUAUAUGAAGCUGAUGAUUUUCUUCCUGACUGUGAAGACUUUGGGGCCUGGGCUGAUCGUAUUAGGAAAGAAUAUUUCGAUAAAAGGCAUGCUGAAGCCCAGAGACGGGCAGCACAAUUUUCUGGAUGUAAAUGUAGGAAGACUAAUCAUGACAGCGAGCAAAGACAGCAAAGCCAUAAGGAGCAACUUAAAAAGCUUCAGAAGGAACAUGAAGAGUAUCUUGCUCGUGCUGCACGCAAAGAGGAAGAGAUUCAGCAGAGCAAGAAACUGCAGUAUGAUGAGAAGUGCGCAGCUACUUUUCAUGGUGGCUCUUCAGCUGGCAGCACAAAGCUGAGCUACAGUGACAUCCCCUGGCCAGCUCUGCGGGGUACAGUGCAGGAGAUGGUGGAUGUCAUGCUGCACGGCGUGGACCGAAACGACAUUCCGGCAUUUCGUAAAGUGCUCCUGAAGCAGCAAGUGCUCUGGCAUCCUGAUAAAUUUGCUCAGAGAUGUGAAGCUCGGUUAGAGAAGAGGGACAAGCAGAGGAUCAUGGACACUGUCACAGCUCUGUCACAAGAGCUCAACAGACUGGUUCAGAGUCUUAGGAUGUAAAAAUGAAUAUUUGUAUCUCUGUUUGAUCUGAUUACAGUUUUGUUGAAAUAUCAGUGUGCGCUUACAUAAUUAAAACAGUGGUUUUGAUCCUGGAUUGAACACUUUAUGUAAUACCUUAUAUAAAAACAAUAUAUCUGGCAUCAUUCAGAUUAUAACCCUGAGUUAUAUUUGUGUUGAGUCAUGUGGGCCUACUCCAGGAACAUGUAGUCAUGAAAAUGAUGUUUGUACAGUUGAUCGGUUUUAUUAAAAUGUGCUGUAAAAAUUCAAUUUACACAAUCAAAAAAAUCACUGAGUAAAGGUUUUCACAUACAAAUAGCAGAUGGCCUGUCCGCUUUCAGUGAUGGAACAGAAAGAUGCGUUGGUUGCCAGGUUUGGGAGCCAAUCCCCGCUUUUUCUUUGUCCACGAGCAUAAUUUAAAACGCAGAUUAUGGG